CACACUAUAUAACUGUACAGAAAGUUGUUAUGAAACGUUUCUAGCGGAGUUCAAGUCAUCUACCUCAAACCAAGCCCUCUGUACUCGCCCUCUUGUAUGUCUUCGGGACGUGGACGUGUCGGGAGUUCGUGAGAGCUUAGGACGUCCUUCCUGAAGCGGCUUGAGCUACCGGUGUUCUGAUGGCGAUCAGCUGACGUAGACCAGCUGUCAGGUGCCCCCCUCCCACCCUGAACUACCGGCAACUUUUACCCUGCAGGGAAAAUCGUUGCAGUCGACAGACACGAAGUUCGACAAAUGUUGCACGCAAGCCUUAGCUAACUUGUUAAAUAUUCUAUUUAUUUAUAAGCUCCAAAAUAUUGUUAAGAUGUCGUUAGAGGCGAAAGUUGAAGACAUGAUCGCAGACGCCAAGGCUCUGAUGGACAGAGCGAAAGAGCUACAAGUGGAGGGGUGCGUCAAGCUGCAGAGGAGGAUCAAGGCAGAACUAGCUUACCUACAAAAGCUGCAGAAGAGCUCCAUGGAGCUGAAGGAGAACCAUCUGCGGAGUUCUAACCUGACCCACCUGCGAGCCAUCAUCACCACAGCAGAGUCCCUCCCAGCCAUCAGCAGCUUGCUCCACCCCUUCCACUUCACCGACCAAUCAGGGAACAGGGUGACUCUGACUGUAGAUGUAGCAGCCAAUCACGGCCUGACAUGGGUGAAGGUCAUUGCCAGGAAGGCACAAGCAAUGCAUGUCAUCUGGCUAGGAGAGGGCCAGUAUGGGGAGAAGAGUGUAGUAGACCAGGCUGAGGACUACAUUGCAGCUGCUGCUGACAAUCCUCUCAAGUUUUCUAUCCCUCAGGUCAUCUUUUCAUUCUUCAAUGGCAUAACCCAGCCAAUAGCAGAAAAACUACUUGAAUUAGGAGUGCAAGUAAAAGGGGACAUAAUUGCUGUUGAAGCUGAGACGGUGGAAGAUGAAGAUAGUGACGAUGAUGAUGAAGAAGAGAACAGCUGUCACUCCUCUGUAUCCUCCUCCUCCUCCUCUGGACCGCCCCACACCCUGCCACCCCCGCGGACAGAAUGUCAGUGCCUGAACUUAGAUGUAACAACCCUGCUGGCCAUGGUGUCUGCACUCACUAACGGGAGGAGCAGGUUCAGAUUUCAGGAGCCCAUCUUAAACCAACAAGCCGAGUGGGAGAGGGAGAGACCGUUAUUAUUAGAGCUUAACAAAUAUAUAAAAGGAAGAGAACUAAUUGCGUGUGAGUCAGCAGUCCGGGACUUUCAUGCCAUCCUGUCCACAGUGGGAGGGGUGGAGGAAAAAGAUAGGGCAAAAGAGCUUCUCCAGAAGGUCAAGGUUGUUGCAGACCAGCCCUCGGAUAGGGCGGAGAGGCUGGAGCUGAGUGGUCGGGUCAAGGAGAGGGCAAAGGUGAUAUUUGGGACUGGUGAUAGCCUACAUGCUGUGACUGUCACUGCAAACUCUUCUUUUGUGAGAGCUGCUGCUAACCAGGGUGUUGUCUUCAGUGUAUUUGAACAUGAGUCCAGAGCUCUGACUGAGCAGAAAGAGAAAACAGCAACACUGCUGGUCCCUGAGGAUGAAUAAGGACCGUCCAAGCCUUGUGAAUACUGUCGGUUAAAGAGGACACUCGGAUCACAGCAAUAAAAACAUGGCCCAGUACUUGAUAUUAUUUGUGUCUAAGGAAACUAAAAUGCUCAUUUAUUUAAUUGCUUGUUUUUGCUAGUGAAUUUCAUGUGAAAGGCUAAUAUAUGUGUUCAUAACUAUAACACUCUGGCAUACUUGUGCUGUAUUUAAUUUUUGCAGUAUCUGCAGAUGUAACGUAAAAAUUGUUAUACCAGUCAGUAUACAGACAGUUCCAAGCACAAGUGACACGAAAAUGCCUAGCAUUUAUGUCACAAAGCUCGCAAAAGAAACUGGUGUACAAAACAAAUGGACUGCUGUGUUUCUGUAUCCAAAUGAUGUCUGUAUUUUGACUUUUUUUCAUGGUUGUGACCAUGUAAUCCAAAAACACUCGAUGCCAGCAUGUCUGUAUAUUGGUGAUAUGGAAAAGGUGCAAAUAAAUGACCAGCACUUGAACAA